ACGUUAGUAAUUUGACUAAACAGCUGAUCUGUUAUACUGUGAGAUUACAUAACCUUAAAUUGUUUAAAAGAUGGUGAUAUACGGUGUUUAUAUCGUAUCUAAAUCAGGAGGUUUAAUUUUUAACCAUGAUCAUAAUAUUCCCAAAAUAGAAAAUGAGAAAACAUUUAAUUAUCCGUUAGAUAUUAAAUUAAAUUAUGAAAAUAAAAAGAUAGUCGUGUCUUUUGGUCAAAAAGAUGGUAUAAAUGUAGGACAUAUGUUAACUGCAGUAAAUGGUAGUCCUGUUAUUGGUAACGAAUUGGAAGAUGGAAGAGACGUGUUGGAACUGUUAAAUAAACAGGAAAAUUUUCCCAUAACGUUAAAGUUUAGUCGUGCAAAGAUGACUACUAAUGAGAAAAUUUUUCUAGCAUCUAUGUUUUAUCCUCUGUUUGCGAUAGCCAGUCAAUUGAGUCCAGAACCUCGAUGUUCUGGAAUUGAAAUUCUAGAAGCUGACACGUUUCGUUUGUACUGCUAUCAAACAUUAACUGGAAUUAAAUUUAUGAUAGUGGCUGAGCCAUCGCAGUCAGGAAUGGAAAUAUUGACUAAAAAAGUCUAUGAACUUUAUGCUGAUUAUGCACUCAAGAAUCCAUUCUAUUCAUUAGAAAUGCCAAUAAGGUGUGAACUUUUUGAAACUAACCUUCAAUCGUUGCUUGAAACGAUAGAAAAAUGUGGUAUAAGUAGUAUUUAAUUUAACUCGAUAUUUACAAACUCAUGUAAUAUGUAAGUAUGCAUUGUGUAUAUGUAUAUUUGUGAUAUGAUCUUAUAUUAUAAAAAAAUAUAUACCACAUAUAAUUAAAAAAUAA